CCAUUUCGUCACGUCGUCAGAGUCAGGUCAGAAAUUGUCAGAGAAAGAACGCUCCAAAACCAGCAGAAUCAUUUUCGUUGAAAUGCUGGAUUUAUAUUUAUUAAUAUUAGUAGAAUAUUAUUAUACGCAUAUUUUCGGGUCGCCUGAAAAUUACGCAUUUUAGUGUAUAUUCGGUAUUAGUUUGUUUACAGCCACAGGCUUUUUUGAAGUUGAUAGAAUAGAAUCUGUGAAGGCAAGCCCUUUCCGAUAUGGCGGACAAGCUUAAUUAUUUUGAUGUGUCUCACUCGUUUCAAUAAUAUUGAAUAUUUCUAUUAUUCAAAUCAUAUUUUGUAGAAUUGACUCCAAAAUUUAUUAGUUUAUUAACGUAUGUUUGAUUGAAUAUUAGAAUAAUUAUCCAAUAUUAAAAGCAAUACCAAUUGCUUUGUAAGCGAACAUUCCCCGAAUGACGUGUAGGCCUAAACAAGUGAACGUGUUUCACUAGUGUAUAAGGAAAUAUUGGAUGCUAUUAGAAUUUAGAAAUGCCGCGAAUCGAUCCCUUUCAACUGCUCAAGAUUUUGAGCGUGCUGCUCGCCCCCAACGGUGGCAUCAAAAGUCGUGAUGAAGUGCAGCGAAUUGCAAGCUUGAUGUUCAAGUUUUCAAAAAAGCUUGUCAGCAAGUGCAUCUACGUGUCGAUACUCAAGGCAUCAGAACCUGAUCUCUUGAUCAUGUGGAUGUCAGCUGGUGGAUGGGAUCUCAUCUAUAAUUGGCUGAAUGAUGCUGUUGUCGCCGAAAAUUGGCCCCUCGUUAGUGAGCUAGUUGAAUUACUACUUAUUUGUCCAGUAGAUAUUGAACGAUUGAAAUCCAAUCGUUGUCCCAAACUCAUCAAAACCCUCUCCAAAAACCAGAAUGCAUCUGAAAGUGUACAACUAGCAGCUGCACAAAUUGUUAAAAAAUGGCUCGAUGUCGUAAACGAUGUGCUUAUCAAGCAGAAGACCGAUCCAACAUCUGAUAAAACCGACGGCAAUCAAGACGUAGAUGCCAGUAACGAUAACCAUGAGAUUGAAGAUGAUCAGCAGCUUCCUGUAUAUAGAAUCAUCAAACAAGACGGAAAAGAAGUAUUGACUAAAGUCUCUCCCAAAGACGGAACAAAACAAGAUAUUGAAUUAGUAAGUGUUAUUAAUGACAAUGAAAUUUCACCCAAGAAGAAUGAAGUCGAAAAAUCUGUUAAGCCGUCUGGAUUGAAAUCCAAGAAAUCAGUGAAUGAAGUUGCAUCUUCGAAAAGUAAAAAAAUUAAAGCGUUGAAUGAUGAUGAUUCGUCACAGAGUAGCUUGAGUGGAUCAGAACGUGGAGGGGAGCCUUCUUCAUUUGUACCAGCUAACAAAAGUGACCCUAAAAAAGAUCGGAGAAAAGAUAAAAUGAGACAAAUCAGGAAAGAUCCUGAUGCCGAUGAUGAAGAUUUUGUCAUUGAAGAGUAUACAGAAGAAUCCAGCCCAGUUGGAAGCAAAAAGAAGAAGAGAAUUGAAGCUAGAGACAAUAAACUGAAACCAAAGAAAAAAACAGUUCAGCCAGCAAAAACGAAAGUCACCAAUGAAUUGUCUGCUAUCAUGCCAGAGAAAACUACUAAUCCUGAUAUUAGUAAACUGGGUAGGAUACCUAAGAAAAGUGACCGUAAGAAAGAUGACAGCGAGAAAAAAAGUAAAUCAGAUAGUUUUGAUAAAAAUCAUACAAGUGACAAGCAAGAGAAGAAGGCUAACUCAAAAUCGAAAGAGACCGAUAGGGACAUCUUGAAAUCAAAGGAUAGGAAUAAAUCGCCUGAGAAGGACACCAAAUCAUCAUCUAGUGGGAAGACUGAUUCAACUGCAAAGAAAUUAUCAGAUAUUAGAAAACCUCCGCCGCCAGAAAUAAAAAAAGAUAGCAAAAAGUACAACAUCUCUGUUGAAGCGAGAAAAGUGGCACCUGGUGAAUCCCGACCAAAAACAGUAAAAACUUUCAAUUCGAAAUUCAGGUCUACUGGUCUUGAAGAAGAGAUUCCUCCGCCACCGGCUCCAAAAUCGUCCAAGAAACUAAAUCUACCUCUUCUUGAUAAAAAGCCUAUCAAGAGAGUAUCGCCAACAAAAGAAGUUCAACCACCUGAGAAGAAGGCCAAGCCGGAUACGAAUGAUGUCAAAAAGCCAUCUGCGCCUGUAACAGCCGCUGUUGCUGCUCAAAAACAGUCUCCUGUCUCCAAAACAAAGUUUCUUCAAGAGAGUGGCUCUUUCAUGGAUGCUCUCAACGCCUCUAUGAGUUCGUCUAAAGAUUCAAAGAAGAAGAAAACUAGAAGACUGAGUACUAGCAAAGAUUCUGAUAAGAAGGAAUCAACACCACCAACUUCACCCAACCACGAUGACAAGUCACCUCCAGUUACUAAACCGAAUUUUCGGUUCUACCAGGAUACUCUUGAUCAUUCUGAGGAAAUUAAGAUUGAAGUUAAAACUGAAGAUGGAAUUGAAAUUAAGAAAGAAGAUCCUGAUGAUUUAAGAAAAGAUGGGGAUUCCAAUGGAGAAAACAAUUCUCCAACUCCCGAAACGUCAGAACAGAAAGCUGCUCGUGAAGCAAGUAUCAAAAAUGAAGAGAAUCGGCAGAAAGCUGAAGGUCUUAAAGGAGUCCUUGUCUUUGCCAAACUUAGGAAAGGUCCUAAGAAGUCAGUGCAAUGGAAGACGGAGUUGAAAGCUAUCAAAUACUUUGAAGUUGAUGAAAACGAAAGAGUUAAUGUAACAAAAACAUUUGUUGAUAUGAAACAAAUGGAGAGGUAUAACGAAAGAGAAAAUUUCCAAAUUGCUCGUAAACUUGGCAACGUAGAUGUAAUGGAGGAGAAAACUAGAUGGACAGUGUUAAUUCCCAUAGAUUUGCCUGCACUGCCAGUUAUUCCUGGCAAGAACAGUAUAGAGAAGGAUGUUCAAUACGCCAGAGAAAAGUCACUGCAUCAAGCUGUGUACCCCAACAAACGAUUAAUACCGGACUCUCCAGCUGAGCCUGACCUGGAAAUUCAUGCGACGACAGAUCCAACAAUCAUUCCGUUGGAUGAUUUAAGUGGUAAUGAGGAUUCAGUGAAUGACUUUACCAAUGUGCCGUGGCCAGAGCCGAAGAUGGAGAUGUUAGCAGCAGCAGCACCACCAUGUGAGAGUGGCAUGUUACCACCGGGCAUGGGAGCCAAUGGACCCAUGGCACCAGCCGGCAACUUCAUGGGACCCAUGCCGGUCGGCCCACCCGGCUUCCCCGGCCCCCCGGGACCCAAUCAGCCAGGCAUGAUGGCGCCAAUGGCCCCUCAACCCAUGCAGUUCCCCGGCUACCCGGGACCCCCGGCAGGCCCAUUUGGCCCCCCUGGGCCUAUGAUGCCGCCAAAUGAGUGGAUGGGACCUAACCCCGAUAUGAAUGGCCCCGGUGGUACAGAGAUGUUUGGUCCUGGACCGGGAAUGUGCCCUCCGCCUGGUAUGAUGGGCCCACCUCCAGAAAUGGGAUUUGGAAUGGGUCCUCCCAUGAUGGCCGGGGGCAUGAUGGGCCCUGGACCCAUGCAGCCCGGUCCAUUCAAUAUGAAUCAGCAGCCACCCAAUAUGUUCAACGGACCCGGACCCUCAUUCCCUGGACCUGGACCCGGUGGUCCGGACCAGAACUGGAACAGUGGUGGAGGAGACGACCGCGGUAGCAAUGGCCGCGGGGGUGGUGGUGGAGGCGGGGGUGGAGGCGGCGGCCCGUGGCGCAACAGGAGGGACCGAAGAGGAGGCGAUAACCGGCGAGGAGGACGAGGAGGUGGAAACAAUUGGGGAGGUUCGAAGAGUAAUAUUCUCUGCAAUAACUUCGCAAGGUGGGGAAGCUGUAGAACAGUUAAUUGCAACUUCCGACAUCAUAACUGAAGCUGAAGUAAUAGCUAUAACAGAGUGUGGACUGAACAAUCUGUGAUAUUAGAUUUAACUCGUGAUUGAAGAGACGUCGUCCAAUAUUGGCGAUUUGAUGCAAGUGACGUCUUAAUCCUCAACAUCCUAGAACGGACAAUUAUAUUUACUAUAUCAUUGGACUAUCCGUUUCUGCGUUCCCUGUAUUUUAAACAUCUUGACAUGUCGCUUGCAUAUUUCUGCUGUCAAAGUGUUUGACUACUGUGUAGUCUGUGAUUUGUAAAUUAUUGUAAAUUAGUUCUAAAAGUGUGGCAGUGACUGGAAUUUAUCUGUGUGUAACUUUCAAUUUCACACUAAUUACAUUAAUAAUCAAUUGAUCAGUUUUCUAGAACUUUCUAAUAUGGUCUUUUGCUGUUCUGACUCUUGGGUUCUACAAGUUUCAAAAUCUAUUGAUUCACUCAACUAUUAGGAAAGUGUUAAUUGAAGUUUUAUGGUGAACAGAUAAAUCAACAAAAAUGAACAAAAACAAUUAUGUAUAAGUGUCACUGUAGAAACUCUUUUUCUCAAUCUGUUGUUACUGUGUGUAAGUAUUAUUGAUAGGAAACUAAAGACUCAUUUGUUCGACAAAUUAGAAUUGUAUAGUUUUCUCAGUUUAUAUACUAUUUAGUUUGAUAUUCAAGGUUUUGCUUUUCUGAUAUUACUAGAAAAUAGUAAUGUCUUCAAGUUUUUUCCGACUAAACAGUUCACUCUCACCAUCCUUACGAUGAAUGACAUACCGUAUUUGAAAAUAACUAGCUGGUAUUGUUUUGUAAUUAUAAAUUUUAUUUACUAGUAACAGGAAAUUCGAUAAAAUUUUACUUUGAGAGUGCAAUUUAAUUUAACUUAGAUUAAUUUGAAACAGAAAUAAACUAUUCUACAAAUUAGACCUUAUCAAUUUGAUUUCUAUGUUGUAUUAUCUCAUUUAAAACUUAUUAAAAUCAUUGAACUUCAUUACCAUAUUAUGCAUUGUAUAUACAAUCAUCCAAGAAUGAUUGAACUCAUAAGUAUUGUAAC